ACCCAUACAGUUGCAGAUAUCGACCCGAUCCUCGGUCUCGAUCACGUACAGUCUCGCCCAGCUGUUGCGCACCUCUACGUUUAAAGUUGCACUCGGAGCUCUCUCUACUGAUUGAUCAAGAUUCACACAGCUACUACAAGCAGAGACAUCGAUCAUGGGAGACUCUUCUUCUGCUUCAUACAUACACCUGGUGCAACACCUGAUAGAGAAGUGUCUGAUCUUCCACAUGAGCAAAGAAGAGUGCAUGGAUGCUCUGUCCAAGCAUGCAAAAAUCACACCUGUCAUCACCUCCACUGUGUGGAAUGAACUGGAGAAAGUGAACAAGGAGUUCUUCGAGGCGUAUGCAGUGUCGCAGAACAAAAAAGAUCAAAUGUCUGAGGAAGAGACAAGUCAAUUGAUCCAAAAGAUGAUAUCGGAUUCCUCCAAAGAUUCAGACGACUAGCUAACAUGCUAGCGAUAGCGAUCUCACCUUGGCUUCUGGUUGGUAGAUAGCCUUCAAUAUAUAUCAUAUCUAUCUAUGUGAAGCCAAACUAUUCGUAUCAACAUGUCCCGACCCAAUAUUAAGAUCAACAGCACCAUCGAUCAUGUAUAUGUAGUCAUAUUUUCAUGAGGUCCCCUACCCGUAAAUAACUUUUAUUCUCAAACGAAAUAACAAUAAUACGGAAGCGCACGGAUAUGUAUAUAUCAUGGUUGGUCCCUCCCUUUUCUCUUCAAAUAAGGCUUCAUUGCCAUUUGCCCACAUGCUUCGAUU